AUGACGACCUCCGAUGGGAGCGAGUACUUCGAGAUAGUAUCGAUCGGGAAUGAGAGCUUUGCGAGGGCGUCGAACGCUGAGACGGUGGAGGAGGACGAGGAGGAGCUCCGGUGGGCGGCUCUCUCCAGAUUGCCGUCUCAGAAGCGUAGCAACUACGCCGUCCUCCGAGCCUCAUCGUCUCGCCGGAGAUCUCCCUUCGGCUCGGAGGAGAAGUCGAAACCCGGUGGAGGUGAAAAAGAAGAACUGAUCGACGUCAGGAAGCUCAGUCGCCAGCACCGUGAGCUCGUCGUCAAGAAAGCCCUCGCUACCAACGAACAAGAUAAUUACCAACUCCUCUUCGCCAUCAAAGAACGCCUCGAUAGGGUUGGAUUGGAGGUGCCGAAGAUUGAAGUGAGGUACAAGGAUUUGAAUGUGCAUGCUGAUGUUCAAAUCGGUUCUAGAUCUCUCCCAACUCUGAUCAAUUUCACUCGUGACGUCAUUGAGAAUAUACUAACGAGUUUGAGGAUAUUUCGACCUAGACGGCAUUCACUUACUAUAUUGAACAAUGUCAGUGGUGUUAUCAAACCUGGAAGGAUGACUUUGCUACUUGGACCUCCGGGAUCGGGAAAGUCCACUUUACUUUCGGCUCUAGCGGGCAAGCUUGAUAAGAACCUAAAGAAAACUGGCAGCAUAACAUACAACGGAUAUGAUAUAAAUGACUUUUAUGUUAAACGGACAUCUGCUUACAUUAGCCAAACAGAUAAUAAUAUUGCAGAACUGACCGUGCGAGAAACUCUUGACUUUGCUGCUAGAUGUCAAGGCGCAAAAGAAGGUUUUGCAGUUUAUACCAAGGACCUGGGCCGCUUAGAGAAGGAAAGGAACAUACGACCUAGUCCAGAAAUCGACGCAUUUAUGAAGGCAUCAUCUAUUGGUGGUAAAAAGCACAGUGUAAUAACUGAUUACAUUUUGAAAGUGCUUGGUCUUGAUAUUUGUUCAGAGACCAUAGUUGGUAACGAAAUGAUUAGGGGGGUCUCAGGUGGACAAAGAAAAAGAGUUACAACAGGAGAGAUGGUUGUUGGUCCAAGAAAAACACUAUUUAUGGAUGAAAUAUCAACUGGACUUGAUAGCUCUACCACAUACCAGAUAGUAAAAUGCAUAAGGAAUUUUGUCCAUCAAAUGGAGGCUACCGUGCUCAUGGCCCUCCUUCAGCCAGCUCCUGAGACAUUUGACCUGUUUGAUGAUCUGGUACUCCUAUCAGAAGGUUACGUGGUAUAUCAAGGCCCAAGAGAAGACGUACUUGAGUUUUUUGAGUCAAUAGGUUUUCAACUUCCACCACGUAAGGGUGUUGCAGACUUUCUUCAGGAGGUGACCUCUAAAAAGGAUCAGGAACAAUAUUGGGCUGAUCCUUCGAAGCCAUACCAAUAUGUCUCAGUUCUUGAGAUUGCAGAAGCCUUCAGGAAUUCCAAAUUUGGAAGCUAUAUGGAAUCCAUGCAGGCUCAUCCGUUUGAUAAAUCAAAAUGUCAUCCUUCAGCUUUGGCUAAAUCUCAGUUUGCUGUGUCGAAGUGGGAGCUCUUUAAAGCUUGCUUUUCUCGAGAAAUUAUUUUGAUCAAAAGGCACAGUUUUCUUUACAUCUUUAGGACGUUCCAGGUUGCUUUUGUUGGAUUUGUCACAUGCACAAUAUUCCUGCGAACAAGAUUACAUCCCACAGAUGAGGUUAACGGAAACCUUUAUCUUUCUGCUCUAUUUUUUGGGCUCAUUCACAUGAUGUUUAAUGGUUUCUCUGAGCUACCUCUCAUGAUAACUCGGCUUCCAGUAUUUUAUAAGCAAAGAGACAAUUUAUUCUAUCCUGCAUGGGCAUGGUCUCUUUCUAGUUGGAUUCUCCGUGUACCCUACUCUGUUAUUGAGGCUAUAAUAUGGUCUGCUGUUGUAUACUACACUGUUGGAUUUGCCCCUUCCGCGGGAAGGUACCUUAAUUUCAUUACAUAUUUCAGUUGCAGGUUCUUACCCUUGUAAUCAUUGAAUUCUGUUAAAUGUUUCAGGUUUUUUCGCUAUAUGAUUUUACUGUUUACAGUGCAUCAAAUGGCAUUAGGUCUAUUCCGGAUGAUGGCUUCUAUUGCACGGGACAUGGUUCUUGCGAAUACAUUUGGAUCAGCUGCACUGUUAGUUAUAUUCUUGCUUGGAGGGUUUAUUAUCCCGAAAGGUGUGAUUAAGCCAUGGUGGAUUUGGGGUUACUGGUUGUCCCCCCUUACAUAUGGACAACGCGCAAUUUCUGUUAAUGAGUUUACUGCUUCAAGAUGGAUGGAGAAAUCUGCAAUUAAUCACAACACAGUUGGUGACAAUAUCCUCCGUCUACACAGCUUACCAAGUGAUGGUUACUGGUAUUGGAUUGGUGUUGGCGUUUUGGCACUCUAUGCAAUCUUUUUCAACAAUAUGGUUACUGUGGCCUUGGCCUAUCUAAAUCCACUUCAGAAAGCACGGACAGUUAUUCUUUCUGACGAUGAUUCAGAAAAUAACUCUUCUAGAGAUGCUACGAAUCAGGUCCAUGAAUUGACUAUUAGAGAAGAAAGUAAUAAGAAAGGAAUGAUUCUUCCAUUUCAACCACUGACAAUGACAUUCCACAAUGUUAAUUAUUCUGUUGAAAUGCCGAAGGUGUUUAGAAAGCAAGGCAUACCAGAAACUCGGUUGCAGCUAUUGUCAAAUGUGAGCGGGGUUUUUUCACCUGGUGUCCUUACAGCACUAGUGGGGUCUAGUGGGGCCGGAAAGACCACUUUAAUGGAUGUACUUGCCGGCAGGAAAACUGGAGGGCAUAUAGAAGGAGACAUUAAAAUAUCUGGUUACCCAAAAGUGCAACGGACAUUUGCUAGAAUAGCAGGAUAUGUUGAACAAAAUGAUAUACAUUCUCCUCAAGUUACGAUUGAGGAAUCCCUAUGGUUUUCUUCAUCUUUACGCCUGCCAAAGGAUGUCAGCAUCAGUCAAAGACAUGAAUUUGUUGAACAAGUAAUGCAACUUGUUGAGCUUGACACUUUGAGACAUGCAUUGGUUGGUAUGCCUGGCAGUUCUGGAUUAUCAACAGAGCAGAGAAAGCGAUUGACAAUUGCAGUAGAGCUUGUAGCAAACCCUUCCAUUAUUUUUAUGGAUGAACCUACAUCUGGACUAGAUGCACGUGCAGCAGCGAUUGUCAUGCGAACUGUUCGUAAUACGGUUGAUACUGGAAGAACUGUGGUUUGCACCAUACAUCAACCAAGUAUUGAUAUAUUUGAAGCAUUUGAUGAAUUACUUCUUAUGAAACGUGGGGGAAGAGUAAUAUAUGGGGGAAAGCUUGGUGUGCGCUCACAGAUAAUGAUAGACUACUUUCAGGGAAUCAGUGGAAUUCCCCCCAUUCCAGAUGGCUACAAUCCAGCUACUUGGGUGCUUGAGGUUACUACUUCGGCUGUCGAAGAAAGAAUUGGUGCAGAUUUUGCAGACAUAUAUACAAGUUCUGACCAAUUUAGGGAGGUGGAAGCUUCGAUUCUUCAAAAUGGAGACCCUCCUGCUGGCUCAAAACCACUGAAGUUUGACACCACAUAUUCACAAAACUUGUUCUCCCAAUUUUAUUAUUGCAUAUGGAAACAAAACCUUGUGUACUGGAGAAGCCCACCAUAUAAUGCCAUGAGGCUAUUCUUCACUGCAAUCAGUGCUCUGAUAUUUGGAACUGUAUUUUGGAAAGUUGGCUUAAAAAGGUCAACUCCUCAGGAUCUUAUGGUGGUUAUGGGAGCUCUGUAUUCUGCAUGCUUGUUUCUCGGGGUAAAUAAUGCUUCUUCUGUGCAGCCCAUUGUUUCUAUAGAAAGAACAGUGUUUUACAGGGAGAAAGCAGCUGGGAUGUACUCUCCAAUCGCAUACGCUGCCGCUCAGGUAUAUAUAUUGCAAUACCGGAAACUAUUUCCAAUGUUAACGUUUUUUAAAUUUUACUUAAUCUCAUUGCAGGGGCUGAUAGAGAUACCAUACAUUGCUGUUCAGACUAUUCUAUUUGGUAUAAUCACAUAUUUGAUGGUCGAAUUUGAAAGGACAGCUGGUAAUAUUUCAACUUACCCGAAAUUUUUUCUCUAUCUCUUGUUCAUGUUCUUAACCUUCACCUACUUCACCUUUUACGGCAUGAUGGCCGUUGGAUUUACUCCUUCUCAACACUUGGCAGCUGUUCUUUCCUCAGCAUUUUAUUCUCUGUGGAAUCUUCUUUCUGGUUUUCUUGUGCCAAAAUCGAGGAUUCCAGGAUGGUGGAUUUGGUUCUAUUAUAUCUGCCCGGUUUCGUGGACAUUACGUGGCAUAGUCACAUCUCAGCUUGGCGACGUCGGAACCACAAUUUCGGGACCCGGAUUCAACGGCACUGUGAAAGGAUACUUAUCAGCGAGUCUUGGAUAUGAUGAUAAAAUCAACGGUAUUUCAUCUGUGGGACUUUCAGUGAUAGUUCUUAUUGGAUUCAUUUUAAUCUUCUUCGGCUCUUUUGCCAUAUCAGUCAAAGUUUUGAAUUUUCAAAGGAGAUGAGCGUUUUAGAUAGGUUUUAGAACUAUGAAAAAACAAAAUUGAGGGUUAGGGUAUAGGCUUAGGUAUGUACAUUUACUAUAACCUUAAAUAAAGUGAGUUUUAUAGAUGUAGUUUUUAUUUACAUUUACUUGAGUCAUUUACAGUUAGUCUUUAGUUCAAUAGCUUCUAGAAAAUUCAGUCAACAAGCUUCCUCAUCGAGUGAGUUUAAAAUGUUGUAUACAAGUAUAAAGUAUAAACCAACAGGAAAGUUAGGAUGUUCAU